CCUCUCUAAAGAGCAUAACCUCCGCUUGCAGCCCAAGCGAAAAGCAUUACAGCGAUUUGCGGCGAAUAAUAGGAGGCCGAAUCGAGCGAGAGCGUGAAAUAUUUCCAUCUCUCGUUAACCAUGACGGACAGCACUUCGAUGACGAGCGAGCAAACCAAGUUUUUAGAGGAAUGCGAGGAGGAGUUCAAGGACCGUUACACGGAGAACGACAGCGAUUUCAUCAAGAUGAAGACGCAGGAGGCGAAGAGGCCGCCGAUCGUCGAUCCCUGGUACAACAAGCCGCGCAGGCACGACUGGUCGCGCCAGAACCAGAGUCAAAACCGCGACAGGCGCAAUCACCAUUGGGACCGUCGUAACAACGAGAGAGGCGAGAAGCUGGAACGGCACGCCGGCAGACACUUCAUGCACCAUCGGCAGAGGAUGUAUUAAUGUACUGCGACACGAGCCACUCGAGGACUCGAAUAACGCGUGGACAUUUUGUUCAACUUGAUUAUCGUCCGUACAUCUUAUUUCAUUAAUAGAUGAUAUGCAAAGUAAUAGGACAACAAGGACAGAAUUAGACGAAUAGCGGACUUGUAAUUUUAAGGCAGCGUUUAUAAAAUACUUACCUGUUAAUAGUAUAGCAAAAUUGUUUUUGUACUUUUGUAUAUUACACAUACAUUGUCUUUGUAUGCACAGUUGAAGACUCGAGACAUGGCGCAGUGUUGUUAGGCUGAUGGCUGAGAACGAUCCGUAAACGCUCAAGGGCCUCGGCAGAAAAAUUGUAAGUGUUUACGACUCGGUAACAAAACGCAAGUCAAUGUCGGGAGUCGAUGCACAGAGCAUUCCAGACGUAUGUCACAUUCGUCGCAUCGCGAGGCGACACACGUCUACGAUUCUCUGUGCAUCGACUUGCGUUUUAUCACGGAAUCGUAAACACUUGCGACAACUUUUCUGCUCAGGCCCUUAGACUGUCUUAGAAUUGUAGACGUAUGUCACAUUCAUCGCACCGCAUUGGCAUUGCGGCCGUGAACAAGAUUAGAGAUAAAACACUUGUUUAUAUAUAUUUAUAUUUUUUUAUUGGUAACGUAAUAUGUGAUGUAUUUAAAUUAUUAAGCAUCGAUGCUUCAAUAACAGACACUGAAUUUGACGUUGGAAAGUUCUCGGCAGAGUCAAUUGUAAAUUUGUUUCGUCGCAUUAAAAUCAGGAGAAAUCGUGAAGUUACGCAAACGUACUCUUUAUAAUAAAAAUCUAACGUUCUCUUGUACGGGAUCGCACAAAAUGAAAGACACUCCAAUUGUGCAACAUAUUUUAUUUCACUGUACAAUAAAAAAAGACAUUUUCUACACGUAGCAUUCUUAAGUUAGCGAGCUAAGGCCCGGUUUCGCCGAACGUCGCUUAACUUUAAUCUCAGUUUAUUUCACGCUUGUCUCUUUCUGGAGUAACGGAAAGAGGCGAAGAACGAGUUGAGCUAAAGUUAAUUAAGCGACGUUGGUGAAAUCGGGCCUGAAAGAUGUUGAAAUAGGCGUGACUUAAUAAAUUAAAUAUGCUGUAAAUAAAUGGUAUGGUACAUUAAUUCGUAUAUUCUGAAUAAAAGCACGCAAUUUAA